AUGGACAAUGUGGCUAUUUUUGAUGAUGUACUCAAGAAAUGCAAUUACUUGCUGGAACUCACUAUUGGUGUCUGGGAUUUUGGCAACAAUGGAUGGUUGGAGCCUGCCGAAUUAAACGCGUGGAUGAUGCAAAAUGUCAAGAAAUGCCUCAAUGCAUGUGAACUGCACGUACUGUUCAGACAGAACCCUCAAAUUGUCGAAUAUCUAGUAUACAAGUAUCCAAGUGCCCGCAAAAUAGUACUUCAAAUACAUGAAUCAGAAGAGAAGCAAGGAGAGACCAUCCAACGCUGUAUACACGCAGUCAAUAGUGCCAGCACCGCCAUCAUACCAUACUGGGAGGCUGAUAAAUUAACAGUACUUCAGGGCCUUCUAGGUGAAAUGAAAGAUGAAAACAACAGACUAGCUAUUCGUAGAGUCGAGUCGCGAGAUAUGGAUUGUAUGGCACAAGUGCGAGCUGAGAGAUGCACAUCAAAAAGACAAAUUGACUUUUGUAUCACCAUUUCAAGACAUCAGCCAGCAUCAUCUGUAGAAAGAAUAGAGUCGUCUAUUGGCGUCAAAUGUCAUGAACAGGUGUGGACGUGA